AUGGCAAGGAAAUCCGUGAGACAAGUUUCUUAUCAAGAUGUUGAGUGGGUGCAGAAUCUCGUAGAACGAUGCAUACAACUGUAUAUGACCCCAAAAGAAGUAGUGACCACACUACAAAAUCAAGCAAAUAUAGAACCUGAAUUCACCAAAUCAGUUUUGCAAAGGCUUGAAGAACAAAAUCCCGAGUUCUUCAAAGCUUAUUAUACAAGAUUGGCAUUGAAGCAGCAAAUAGAAGAAUUCAACAAAUUGCUGGAAAAACAAAAGCAAUUAAUGGACUUAGAACAACAAACUAAAGUUGCAUCACUACCUACCUCUAAUGGAUUUCAAUAUCAUGUUGCUUCAUCACUACCUACCUCUAGUGAAUUUCACAUGUUCGCGGCUAACGAAAACAUCAACGAGGCUGUCCCAAAUUUCUGCGUUGCUUCUGCUACGCCAAUCACCGGCACAAAUUUAGAAUCUAACUCACAUUUGGCAAAUGAAGCAGCUCUUGAUCUUCCAAACACUUCUAAUGGAUCAUUUCCAAGAAACUUUAGCCUUCCAAAUAUUUCUGAUCUUGAUUAUCUGUUUGAUGUACAAGACAACUAUCCUGAGGCACAACCCUUCCUAGAUUGUACCAUUGAUGAUUUUGAUAUUGGUAGCUUUCCCUAA